AUGCAGAGAGGCAGCUGUCUGAGCUGCGGCGCGAAUCUGGACAUGGGCGAAGCAGAGGAGGCGCAGAAGCGGAUAAAAGAGUUGGAAAGCCAGGUUGAGCUGUUGACGGAGAAGGCGACUGCUGCUGUCGACAAGUGCGCCGACUACGAAGACCAACUUCGCGGCUUCAAAACACAGAACGGCCUCCUACGAACAGACACGCAAGACUCGCUGCAAUACAACCGGACCUCCAACGAAGAAGCCCGCCCUACCACCGCGAAUUCGGCCUCUGCCGCUCGACAGUCCCGCUUCUCCUUCCUACGACGAGGCUCGCCGAACCCACCCAUUCCCCCAACCACCUCGCAUUCCCCAAGUCAUACCGCCGACUCAGAGCUCUUGGAACAGCUCGAGAAGGAGCGCGCAUUGCGCGCAAAAGCAGAAGAGAAGGCCCGCAUGGUCGACAGCGAGAUCGAAGAGCUGAGUGUGCAGCUGUUCAGUCAGGCGAACGAGAUGGUGGCACAGGAGAGAAAAGCACGGGCAAAGCUGGAGGCCAGAGUCGAGGUUCUGGAGAAGAAAGAUAAGGACAAGAUGGCGAGGCUGGAGAGACUGGAAAAGGCUGUCAGUAGAAUCGAUCGAGUCAAGGCCCUGUUAGCAGCUCCAGUGCCGGCAGCAAUUCACCGGAAGAUCUGA